AUGGCCCCAGCCUUGGCCCCACACAGCACCGCCUCAGCUGCCGCUGUGAGUCCCCCCUCUCCUGGGGGCUUCAGCCAGGUUGUCCGAGACAUCCCUGCUCCAGUCUGAGGUAACAAGCUGGUCAGGCAGGAGGCUGCCCGCCUGGGGGCCUGUCAUAAAAUGGACACCUUCACCCCCGUCCAAAUAAACGUGCUCCUGACCCGCUACAACGACUUAGAGGGAAACUGCUUCUUUGACCCUCAGAACAAAUCAUUUGACCACCCAUGUGGGUUAACCAGCAGCGCCCAGCAGCAUGAUGUGACGCUCGGUGAAGAGGCCCUCCAUGAGGGCUUGAAGGGCUACGUGAGCUGCCACCUCCCUGUGGGCAACUGCUGCCUGUUUAAAAAAAGCCCGGGGAGGAGGCAGAUAUAUUUGGCCUGCAUUGAGCCCCGUCAGUACCACCCUUCAAAUCACUGGAACAGCCUGUGGAAGUCAAAUUAGACUUUUUUUUCCCUGGCUCCAUUCACUGCUCAAGUCACAGGGAUCCUCCAGUUACACCGCCUCAGAGAUGCCAACUUCCAUGUAACUGUCAGCAGGUCUGUGAGUGAGGCUCUGAAUGUGAUAGACCAAAGUCAGGUUUUUCCACAGAUUUUCGUGGAAUUUGUGAAAGCUGAGGGCACCAAGUUUCAUGUUGCCAUUCUGGAAAACAUUCUGGCUUUGUCAGAGGAUAUAUAGGGAAAAAGGAAACUCCCUGUUACUCACGCUUUCAUGAACUGGCAUAAACUAUGGAAUGGUUAG